AUGGAACAACUAGACAUUUGGUUUGGAAUAACAGCCUCCCUUACCAUGUGUGCAGACAACUCCACCCUGUUGGAGGCGGUUCUCUACGGCCAUCCACCAUGCGAUGGCUGGACCAACAACACAGAGGGGGCCUUCUACCACCUGGGCAACACCGUCUUGUUCCUGGGGUACAUGGGAGGCAGCGGCGCCUAUGGCUGCCUGUUCAUAUUUGGUUUCCAGAUGCUUGCCUUCACCUGCCUGGCCCUGUGGGGCUGGAUGACCAUGUGUGGGGUGGACGUGUUUUCCUGGAACUUGCUACUGCUAGUGGCCUGUGUGCUCCAGAUCUGCCACCUCAUAUACAGGCUGCAACAGGAUGGCCUGACCAGCGAGGAGCUGUCGGCCCUCUACUCAGCCGUCUACCGGCCCAUGGACGUUCCCGUACAGGUGUUCCAAGACAUUGUGGGUGCCUGUGAGAACAGUGCUGCCACUAGGGGUAGUGGAGAUGUACACGUGGAGGGCAAGACACCCAUCGAGUGAGGGAAAAGUGUAAGUCCCAAUUCCAAUGUUCAUUCGUGGUAGUAUGCUACUGUAGAUAUUGGAAAAGACCAGAGUCUUGUUUUAGUUAAGUUGCUGGAGUAACAGUAAAUUGUAAUUUAGUUAAAUUACUGAUGUCAGAUUGCAAUUGUCAUGUUGUAGUGAGUGUUCCUAGUUAAUGUUCUGAGUGAGGUUAGUGUUCUAUUCCCCGCUUAGCGUUUUAUCUCUCUUGAUCUGUCUCUCCAACAACGACAACGACAAUGACCCAGACUAGGGCUCAUUGAAACCUGAGAGAGAGAUAUUACUUACCAACGAUAUAAUUAAACACGGAACACUUUCAAGAGGUCAUGUGUCCUAAGCAGUGACUCCGUUGCUUGUUGGCUAAGAUCGAAUUUAGUGUGUGUAUCAAGUGUGUGUCUGUUGGGAUUGGGAAGGUGUGGUUAAAAUAUCCAAGCCCCAGACGUUGUAAAAUACAGAGUAUUCGUGUCACUGACCCACUGUAGUGUAGUUGCUCCCCUUAGUGGCAGGGUGCCAGAUCUGGGUCAAAUACAUCAUGUCAAAUACUUUUAUUUUCAAGUAUUUGAGGUGUGCUUGAUUUAGCUCAUUUGGGACUAUUCCAUUGGUUCCAUUGUACCAGGCAAAUUAAAUUAAGUGCUGUUCAAUUAAUUUAAAGUAUGUGAUGUAUUUGACCCAGGUCUGGUGGCUGCUGCUAAGUUGUUGGGAUAGCUUUAUAUUUGGUGCUCUCCUGAGGUUGUGUACCAACACAGUAAACAAAUCCCCCUAUACGACCUCUAAAAUUAAAUGUUCAUACACUGGGAUAGCUAACUAUCGUACGCAAAUAAUGUUUGGUGUCAUAAGAUGACGUCUGUUUAUGCCAUUUUUAUGACUAACAAUUCCAAGUUUCACUGACUUCAAACGAAUGCCAUGAACAUGAAGUCAUACCUGAAAGAGCACUGAGGGAAUGUCUGUGACUUAUAAACCAAGAAUAUAUGUUUUUCUCUCUGUCUGUGUUUAACUUGGAUCAGGACAGAGAUAUUCAUGUUAACUUGUAUUCAUGUUAACUUGUUUCAAGGUUUUGGAUCAAGCCUAGUUAUGUGCAUCUUCUCUCUCUCUCUCUCUCUCUCUUCUCUCAUUAUCACCUAUCCAUGCUUUCUCCCCUCUUCUCUCUUACUAACCUUGUCCUUUCCUGCUCUCCUUGGUAGGAUCCGUGUGUCUCUGGAUGGACAGUUCCUCCAUUACAUCUUCCCCCACAAGUUCAUGGACUCUCCUGAGUGGGAGUCUCUCCAACCCAAUGAAGAGGGGAACUUUCAGGUACUGGACAGAUGCUCGUCAUUCAUUCAUCCAGUCAUUCAUUAAUUUAUGAACAUUUAGCCUUUCCCUUCACUCUCACCCCUGACCAUCUAUCCCCCUGAACCCCAGAUGACCCUGACGGCGGAGAUGGACUGCCGCUACAUCUCAUGGCGCCGGCGCCGCCUUUACAUGCUUCUGUCCAAGGAACGCUACAUUGCCCGCCUCUUCUCUGUCAUGCUGGGCAGCGACAUCGCCGACAAGCUCUACUCACUCAACGACAAGCUCUUCGCCAAGAGCGGCGUGCGCCUCGACAUCCGCCUGCCCAGCCUCUACCAGGUCCUGGCCCCCUCCUCCCCAGGCAACGAGGGGGAGGUCUGUAACGGCAGUGGUAGUGGGAGUGCCAGGGACCAGGUAGCCCCAGUGAAGCAGAUAGAGCAUGGCGUUUGCAACGCCAGGGUUGUGGGUUCGUUUCCCACAGGGGGUAUGAAAAAAAAUGAAAUAAUGUAAGUCGCUCUGGAUAAGAGCGUCUGCUAAAUGACGUAAAAUGUAAAUGAAGCAGCAGUGGUGGAUGUGGACCCGGUGCCAGAUCCGAGAGAAGAUCCCCCACCCCGUCAGCGCCAACCUCCCACCAACCCUCCCAGCGCCAGCCCUCAGACAUGGAGAUGCCCUCUGGUGAGGACUCUACCAGCCUGGUCCUGGAGGACUUUGCGGAUAUGACCGGGUCCUUAAUGGAUUAUGGGAGUGAGAGGGAUUAUUUGAGGUAGAAGGCAGGUUGCUGGAGCUAACACACUGGGCCACUACUUAAGAUAUACAGUGAGCUCCAUAAUUCACUGGACAGUGACCAUUCUUUUGUUAUUUUGGUUCUGUACUCUAGCACUUUGAGUUUGAAAGGAUACAAUGACAAUGAGGGUGAAGUGCAGACUGUCAGCUUUAAUUUGAGGGUAUUUUCAUACAUAUCGGAUGAACCGUUUACGAAUUAUAGAAGCUUUUGUACAUGGUCCCCCCCAUUUUCGGGCAUCAAAAAUCAUUGGACAGUUUAACAUAAUGUAGAAUAAAGUAAUCAUUGUUAAUAUUUGGUCGCAUAUCCUUUGCAUGCAAUGACUGCUUGAAGUCUGCGAUGCAUCGCCAUCACCAGAUGCUGGGUAUCUUCCCUGGUGAUGCUCUGCCAGGCCUGUACUGCAGCCAUCUUCAGUUCCUGCUUGUUUCGGGGACUUAUUGCCUUAAGUCUCCUCUUCAGCAUGUAAAAUGCAUGUUCAAUUGGAUUCAGAUCUGGUGAUUGACUCGGCCAGUCAAGGUUUUUCCACUUUUUGGCCAUCAAAAACCCCUUUGUUGCUCUAGCAGUAUGUUUAGGGUCAUUGUCUUGUUGCGUGAUUAAGUGCCGUCCAAUGAGUUUGGAGGCAUUUGGUUUUAUCUGAGCAGAUAAAAUAUUUCUGUAGACUUCAGAAUUCAUUGUUCUACUUCUGUCUGCAGUCACAUCAUCGAUGAAGACAAGUGAGCCUGUUCCACUGGCAGCCAUACAGGCCCAAGCCAUAACACCCCCUCCACCAUGUUUCAUGGAUGAGGUGGUAUGCUUUGGAUCAUGGGCAUUUCUUUUUUUCUCCACACUUUUGUCUUUCCAUCACUCUGGUACAUGUUAAUCUUUGUCUCAUCUGUCCACAAUAUUUUUUUCCAGAACUCUUGGGGUUCUUUUAGGUGCUUUUUAGCAAACUGUAAUCUUGCCUUUCUGUUCUUCAGGCUUAUCAGUGGUUUGCAUCUUGUAGUGUACCCUCUGUAGUCCUGCUGGUGUAGUCUUCUGCGUAUGGUAGACUUUGACACAUCUACACCUGCAUCCAGGAGAGUGUUUUUGAUCUGUUGGGCUGUUAUCAGGGGUUUUUUCUUCACCAUAGAGAGUAUUCUCCGGUCAUCCACUACAGUGGUCUUCCUCUGUCUACCGGGUCUUUUGACAUAAUUGAGUUCACCGGUUGUUUUUUUCUUGUUAAUGAUGAACAAAACUGUUGACUUGGGCAUGGCCAGGGUUUUUGCAAUGUUCCUGAAUGAUUGAUUUUCAUUUCUGAGCCUUAUGACGGCCAACUUCAUUUGCAUCGACACUGCUGUCUUCCUCAUGUUGUCACACCCCAAUAACAACCUCCAAAGGCAAUAGCAACGUCUAGAAUCAUUACUAUUCAUCAACAGCUCUCCUGCAUUCACUAACGACACAAAUGAAUACACCUGCCUAACGACACACAUCUGUGAAGCCAAUUUAACAAAUACUUGUAGUACCUUAAAAUGGGGGGACCAUGUACAAAAGGUGCUGUCAUUUCUAAACGGUUCAUCCGAUAUGUAUGAAAAUACCCUCAAAUUAAAGCUGACAGUCUGCACUUCACGCUCAUUGUCAUUGUAUCCUUUCAAACUCAAAGUGCUAGAGUACAGAACCAAAAUAACAAAACAAUGGUCACUGUCCAAUGAAUUAUGGAGCUCACUGUAUGUAAGUACACCUGUGUGCAGUGAGAGAGUGGGCUGGGCGGGGGGUUGCGUGUGUGUUUUGCUUGCUGUGUCCACACUCACUAAUCCAGCUUUGAACAGGCCAGGCCAUGUUGUAAAGAACCUAAUUUCACUUUGCAAUGAUUUGAGUGAUUUUCAGUUUUUGUUAUCUGACAUAUUCAAUCUAUUUUAUGCAGAGGCUAUGCACUGCUUGCUCUUUCGCCUUCUAAAAUUAUAUGAAAGUCGAGAGAGUGAGUUAGUAAAAUCGAUAUUUCUUUGUAAAAACUAAUGAGCCUGAGAGGAAAAACAUUGGAUUGAUCAAAGAGUUGGCAGAACUGGGACACCUCGCCUCAUGGGUACCCACCCAACCCCGAAGGCCUCUCUGUCUCUAGUUUCUAAAGUUUACGGCAAACUUUUAAUUUGGCUCUAUACUCCAGCAUUUUCGAUUUGAGAUCAAACGUUUUAUGAGGUGACAGUACAGAAUGUCACCUUUUAUUUGAGGGUAUUUUCAUAAAUAUCAAUUUUACCGUUUAGAAAUGAAAGCACUUUAUGUAUCUAGUCCCCCCAUUCGAAGGUGUCAUACGUAUUUAGACAAAUCCACUUAUAGUGUAUUAAAUGUGGUCCCAUAUUCCUAUAGCACGCAAUGACUACAUCAAGCUCAUAACCCUACAAACUUGUUGGCUGCAUCUGCAGUUUGUUUUGGUUGUUUUUGGAUUAUCUUGUGCCCAAUAGAAAUGAAUGGUAAAUAAUGUUGUCACUUUUAUUGUAAAUAAGAAUAGAAUAUGUUUCUGAACACCUCUACAUUAAUGUGGAUGCUACCAUGAUUACGGAUAAUCAUGAAUGAAUCGUGAAUAAUGGUGAGUGAGAAAGUUAGAGGCAUACAGUGCCUUCAGAAAGUAUUCAUACAUUUUGUGACAGCCUGAAUUUUGUGACAGCUUCACCUGGAAUGCUUUUCCAACAGUCUUGCGGUCCGACUCAUCCCAAACCAUCUAAAUUGGGUUGAGGUCAGGGGAUUUUGGAGGCCAGGUCAUCUGAUGCAGCACUCCAUCACUCUCCUUCUUGGUAAAAUAGCCCUUACACAGCCUGGAGGUGUGUUGGGUCAUUGUUCUGUUGAAAAACAAAUGAUAGUCCCACUAAGCCCAAACAAGAUGGGAUGGCGUAUCGCUGCAGAAUGCUGCGGUAGCCAUGCUGGUUAAGUGUGCCUUGAAUUCUAAAUAAAUCACAGACAGUGUUACCAGCAAUGCACCCCUCACCAUAACACCACCUCCAUGCUUUAUGGUGGGAAAUACACAUGCGGAGAUCAUCCGUUCUUCUUCUUAUUGGUGUCCUUUAGUAGUGGUUUCUUUGCAGUAAUUCGACCAUGAAGGCCUGAUUCACACAGUCCCCUCUGAACAGUUGAUGUUGUGAUGUGUCGGUGACUUGAACUCUGUGAAGCAUUUAUUUGGGCUGCAAUUUCUGAGGCUGGUAACUCUAAUGAACUUAUCCUCUGCAGCAGAGGUAGCUCUGGGUCUUCCAUUCCUGUGGUGGUCCUUAUGAGAGCCAGUUUCAUCAUAGCGCUUGAUGUUCUUUGCGACUGCACUUGAAGAAACUUUCAAAGUUCUUGAAAUGUUCCGUAUUGAUUGACCUUCGUGUCUUAAAGUAAUGAAGGACUGUCAUUUCUCGUUGCUUAUUUGAGCUGUUCUUGCCAUAAUAUGGACAUGGUCUUUUACCAAAUAGGGUUAUCUUCUGUAUACCCCCCUACCUUGUCGCAACACAACUGAUUGGCUCAAAUACAUUAAGAAGGAAAGAAAUUCCACAAAUGAGCUUUUAAGAAGGCACACCUGUUAAUUGAAAUGCAUUCCAGGUGACUACCUCAUGAAGCUGGUUGAGAGAAUGCCAAGAGUGUGCAAAGCUGUCAUCAAGGCAAAGGGUGGCUAUUUGAAGAAUCUCAAAUAUAAAAUAUAUAUGUUUAACACUAUUUUUGGUUACUACGUGAUUCCAUAUGUGUUAUUUCAUAGUUUUGAUGUCUUCACUAUUAUUCUACAAUGUAGAAAAUAGUAAAAAUAUGAGUAGGUGUAUCCAAGCUUUUGACUGGUACUGUAUGUAAAUGAGAUAUUUCUGUAUUUCAUUUUCAGUACAUUUUCUUCAAACAUUUCUAAAAACAUGUUUUCACUUUGUUAUUUUAGGGUAUUGUGUGUAGAUGGGUGAAAUAUAUAUAUAUAUUUGUCCAAAUACAGUGGGGAGAACAAGUAUUUGAUACACUGCAGAUUUUGCAGGUUUUCCUACUUACAAAGCAUGUAGAGGUCUGUAAUUUGUAUCAUAGGUACACUUCAACUGUGAGAGACGGAAUCUAAAACAAAAAUCCAGAAAAUCACAUUGUAUGAUUUUUAAGUAAUUAAUUUGCAUUUUAUUGCAUGACAUAAGUAUUUGAUACAUCAGAAAAGCAGAACUUAAUAUUUGGUACAGAAACCUUUGUUUGCAAUUACAGAGAUCAUACGUUUCCUGUAGGUCUUGACCAGGUUUGCACACACUGUAGCAGGGAUUUUGGCCCACUCCUCCAUACAGACCUUCUCCAGAUCCUUUAGGUUUCGGGGCUGUCACUGGGCAAUACGGACUUUCAGCUCCCUCCAAAGAUUUUCUAUUGGGUUCAGGUCUGGAGACUGGCUAGGCCACUCCAGGACCUUGAGAUGCUUCUUACGGAGCCACUCCUUAGUUGUGUUUCGGGUCGUUGUCAUGCUGGAAGACCCAGCCACGACCCAUCUUCAAUGCUCUUACUGAGGGAAGGAGGUUGUUGGCCAAGAUCUCGCGAUACAUGGCCCCAUCCAUCCUCCCCUCAAUAUGGCGCAGUCGUCCUGUCCCCUUUGCAGAAAAGUAUCCCCAAAGAAUGAUGUUUCCACCUCCAUGCUUCACGGUUGGGAUGGUGUUCUUGGGGUUGUACUCAUCCUUCUUCUUCCUCCAAACACGGCAAGUGGAGUUUAGACCAAAAAGCUCUAUUUUUGUCUCAUCAGACCACAUGACCUUCUCCCAUUCCUCCUCUGGAUCAUCCAGAUGGUCAUUGGCAAACUUCAGACGGGCCUGGACAUGCGCUGGCUUGAGCAGGGGGACCUUGCGUGCACUGCAGGAUUUUAAUCCAUGACAGCGUAGUGUGUUACUAAUGGUUUUCUUUGAGACUGUGGUCCCAGCUCUCUUCAGGUCAUUGACCAGGUCCUGCCGUGUAGUUCUGGGCUGAUCCCUCACCUUCCUCAUGAUCAUUGAUGCCCCACGAGGUGAGAUCUUGCAUGGAGCCCCAGACCGAGGUUGAUUGACCGUCAUCUUGAACUUCUUCCAUUUUCUAAUAAUUGCGCCAACAGUUGUUGCCUUCUCACCAAGCUGCUUGCCUAUUGUCCUGUAGCCCAUCCCAGCCUUGUGCAGGUCUACAAUUUUAUCCCUGAUGUCCUUACACAGCUCUCUGGUCUUGGCCAUUGUGGAGAGGUUGGAGUCUGUUUGAUUGAGUGUGUGGACAGGUGUCUUUUAUACAGGUAACGAGUUCAAACAGGUGCAGUUAAUACGGGUAAUGAGUGGAGAACAGUAGGGCUUCUUAAAGAAAAACUAACAAGUCUGAGAGCCGGAAUUCUUACUGGUUGGUAGGUGAUCAAAUACUUAUGUCAUGCAAUAAAAUGCAAAUUAAUUACUUAAAAAUCAUACAAUGUGAUUUUCUGGAUUUUUGUUUUAGAUUCCAUCUCUCACUGUUGAAGUGUACCUAUGAUAAAAAUUACAGACCUCUACAUGCUUUGUAAGUAGGAAAACCUGCAAAAUCGGCAGUGUAUCAAAUACUUGUUUUCCCCACUGUGUGUGUGUAUAUAUAUAUAUAUAUAUAUAUAUAUAUAUAUAUAUAUAUAUAUAUAUAUAUAUAUAUAUACAUAUAGUCCCCUGUUAUUGGGUAAUGGUGAGAGGUUAGCAUGUUUUGCUUCAAUAAAAGUGACACAAUACAUUAUUUACCAUUCAUUUCUAUUGUGCACAACAUAAUCUGAAACACAACCAAAACAAGCUGCAAAUGCAUCCAAGUUUGUAGAGUCACAUGCUUGAUGUAGUCAUUGCGUGCUAGGAAUAUGGGACCAAAUACUAAACUUUUGACUAAAUUUAAUACACUAUAAGUGAAUUUGUCCAAAUACUUAUGACACCUUCAAAUCGGGGGACUAGAUUCAUAAAGUGCUGUAAUUUCUAAACGGUAAAACCGAUACAUAUGAAAAUACCCUCAAAUAGAAGGUGACAUUCUGUACGGUCGCCUCGUACAGUGCAUUCGGAAAGUAUUCAGACCGCUUGACUUUUUCCACAUUUUGUUACGUUACAGCCUUAUUAUAAAAUUGAUUAAAUAAUUGUUUUUCCUCAUCAAUCUACACACAAUACCCCAUAAUGAAAAGUGAAAACAGGUUUAUAGAAAUGUUUGCAAAUGUAUUAAAAAAUAAAAAACAGAAAAACCUUAUUUACGUAAGUAUUCAGACCCUUUGCUAUGAGACUCGAAAUUGAGCUCAGGUGCAUCCUGUUUCCAUUGAUCAUCCUUGAGAUGUUUCUACAACUUGAUUGGAGUCCACUUGUUGUAAAUUAAAUUGAUUGGACAUGAUUUGGAAAGCCACACACCUGUCUAUAUAAGGUCCCACAGUUGACAGUGCAUGUCAGAGCAAAAACCAAGCCAUGAGGUCGAAGGAAUUAGAGCCCUGAGACAGGAUUGUGCCGAGGCACAGAUCUGGGGAAGGGUACCAAAACAUUUCUGCAGCAUUGAAGGUCCCCAAGAACACAGUGGCCUCCAUCAUUCUUAAAUGGAAGAAGUUUGGAACCACCAAGACUCUUCCUAGAGCUGGACGCCUGGCCAAACUGAACAAUGGGGAGAGAAGGGCCUUGGUCAGGGAGGUGAUCAAGAACCCAAUGGUCACUCUGACAGAGUUCCUCUGUGGAGAUGGGAGAACCUUCCAGAAGGACAACCAUCUCUGCAGCACUCCACCAAUCAGGCCUUUAUGGUAGAGUGGCCAGACGGAAGCCACUCCUCAGUAAAAGGCACAUGACAGCCCACUUGGAGUUUGGCAAAAGGCACCUAAAGGACUCUCAGACCAUGAGAAACCAAGAUUGAACUCUUUGGCCAGAAUGCCAAGCGUAACGUCUGGAGGAAACCUGGCACCAUCCCUACGGUGAAGCAUAGUGGUGGCAGCAUCAACCUGCUCCAGAGCUCUCAUGACCUCAGACUGGGGCGAACGUUCACCUUCCAACAGGACAACAACCCUAAGCACACAGCCAAGACAACGCAGGAGUGGCUUUUGGACAAGUCUCUGAAUGUCCUUGAGUGGCCCAGCCAGAGCCUUGAACCCGAUCAAACAUUUCUGGAGACACCUGAAAAUAGCUGUGCAGCGAAGCUCCCCAUCCAACCUGACAGAGCUUGAGAGGAUCUGCAGAGAAGAAUGGGAGGAACUCUCCAAAUACAGGUGUUCCAGGCUUGUAGCAUCAUACCCAAGAAGACUCGAGGCUGUAAUCGCUGCCAAAGGUACUUCAACAAAGUACUGAGUAAAUGGUCUGAAUACUUAUGUAAUGUGAUAUUUCCGUUUUAAUUUUUAAUACAUUGGCAAACAUUUCUAAAAAUCUGUUUUUGCUUUGUCAUUAUGAGGUAUUGUGUGUAGAUUGAUUGGGGGAAAAACUAUGUAAUCCAUUUUAGAAUAAGGCUGUAAUGUAACAGAAUGUGGAAAAAGUGAAGGGGUCUGAAUACUUUCCGAAUGCACUGUAUAAAACAUUUGAUCUCAAAUCCAAAAUGCUGGAGUACAGAGCCCAAUUAAAAGUUUGCGCUUCACUGUCCAAAUAAAUACGUAGGGGAGAGUAUAUUGCAGCUUGUCCCUCAUUCAUCUCCCAGUGUGUGGCCUGCCCUCUUGGUAGCUAAUGUCCUGCUGAGGAUGGGUGUGUUUGUUUACCUACAGUAGGUUAGACUGCCCUUUUCCGCCAGGAUUCAGGCCAUAUGAAAGACAAUUUUGUGCUACAGUUUAUGAAACCGUUUACCUCAGAGUGACCCUGGUAGCUUAUGUUGGUUCAGACAAAUGAGGGUACCAUCUGAAUGUAUGUUGGAGGUUUGUAGUUUGGAACAGGAAGGGGAGACAGCAGGGUGGGGGUGGGAUGCUGGCAGUCAGCUGUGUGUUUUUGUCUGACAAGGAUUAGAGCCUGCUGGAAACUUUUGGGAUAUCCUGGCAGUCAGAGAUCCAGUGCCAUGCACUUAAUCCACGUGCCUGCCCACUGCCCCCUCCCUCUCCCUCGCUAUCCCCAAAUCCUCCCAGAACCAAUUGCGGGACAGACCGUGUUUUGGGCGGAGUGGGGAGAGGGUGUUGGAUUCCAGGAUAGUUGCUGGGUAGAGGGUGGAGGGCACUGACUCUGCUGUCAUUGUAACGGCUUAUGACCUUCAGGUACAGUCUAUGGUCGGUUAGCCAGUGGCUACGGCAAGUAGGGGAAUGAGUGGAGUGAGGUUCGAGAAGGGUGAGGGUUGACAGGGGUGAGGUAUGAUAGGGGUGAGGGAUAUGAGGGAUGUGGGUCAUGUGAAAGCAGAGACCAGACACGCUUAGAGAACAGCUCAUCACUCCACUAUCAUUAACUAGGUUUCCAUCCAAUUGGCGACAGAUUUUCAUGUGAAUAUUGUAAAAUCUGCAUAAAACAAUAUGCGCAUGUUUCCAUCAAGCUGACUUUUUGUGGAUAAAAGGCUGUGCGUAAUAAAUUUAAAAAUACAAGUUAAAUGGGUUUCCAUUGUAUUUUCAUCUCUAGUGAUGGUUUUAUCAAAAAAACUGUUGUGUUAUAUAGCAAAUAUGCCCAUUCUGGUCUUGACACGUGUGCUCUAGCCAACCGCUUGCAGAUACAGUGCGGGUAGGCUACUUACAUGAUGAGAUUAUUUUUAUUUGUCAAAUGGCAGCCAAGCAUGAUCAUCAUGUCACCAGAAUAAGACCCUCGAUUAUUUAUUGGAAAGGACCAUCAAGCUCAUCACCGUCCACCCUCCCACUGGGCAAAAAAUGGUUGAAUCAACAUUGUUUCGACAUCAUUUCAACCCCCCCCCUAAAAAAUAUGAAAUCAAGGUGGAAAACUGAUUGGAUUUGCAAAAAGUCAUGAACAUGAGGGCAUUUUGUAUUUUUUUUCACGCAAUUUUUAAUCCAAUGGUGACAUUUUUUGUUUAUUUCAUGUUGAAUUCACAAAUGUAAAUCAAAACUAGACGUUGAACUGACGUCUGUGCCCAGUGACUUAAAUGUAAGUUCAUCAUAACUGAUUUAAUCUGUAGCCAUUUCUCGCAUAAUUAAAUGUACUUACACAAAAAGAUCCCACCAUGUCGAAUGAACAAAUUGUCUGACAUUUAUAAAAUAUUUCGACAUUUCCUAUUUCCAUCAGCCCGGUUGUGACUUUUUUCAUGUGUCAGGUAAUUAAUUCGCAUGAAAUGGUUGGAUGGAAACCAGGUAAAUGUCACAUCACAGGUCAAUACAUCCCUCACUGUUAACCAGUUCAGGUGUCAGGAAUGUGAGGACUAUGCCUAUGUAAUUUGACCAAUGUGAGCGUUCGUUGUGAGAUCAUCUUGCAACCCUACACUAUACUGUAUUUGAGCUGUAAGGCAUGUACAUAGCAUUUAAGGGAAGAUGAAAUACUCUCUAUACUUGGACAAGGUUAAUAUGAACUGCCUGCCAUUAGGUAGGUUGCCGUAGUAACAGUUCUGCUUGUGUUUCUUGACAGUUCAUGAUAGACCGACCAGUUGUCAAUGACCGGUGUUCUCUGUUGAUUCCACAGGAGAGGAAAACGCUGGGACUGUACCGAUGCGAUACCAGAGAGGGAGAGCUCCUUUGGCCCCCACGGACACCCAUAAGCUGUGA